AUGUCUGCCGCUGCCACUGCCUCGUCGUCAACUGCCAACGCAUAUGCCAUCUUAGGCGCCCCACGCCUCCAAAUCUCUUCGCAGAUCGCAAACGCUCUCGCCGCCGCGAUCCCUCCGAAUCCUACGAUCAACGACCUCACACAGAUCGUCGUGGGUAACAAGAGGAUCUCUCCCCACUCAGAUGAGGACUCUGACAGUACUACUCCUCCGUCGUCAGCAUGCACAUCGACCCCUCCAUCGCUGAAGAGGCUCCGGCUCGGCAAUUCGAAUAUCCCGAAGGCCAAAGUAACGACUCUACGCGAUCUCUGCGUGGCUGCCGUCGUCUCUGCCGAUCUCCCCUUCUCUCACUUCGAGAACGCCUACCUCCAGCAAGUACUGCAGUACCAUAGUAUGGAGAUCGCCAACGAGGUGCCGUGGGGGCAUACAUCUAUUCGUGACCGUCUGGAUGACAUCUGCCGACGCGAAGAGGGGCUGUUGAUGGCAGAACUUCACUCAGCGGCCUCAAAAAUCCAUCUAUCAUUCGAUCUAUGGUCAUCUCCGAAUAUUUACGCCUUUAUGGCCGUCACUUGUCAUUUCAUCGAUGAUCGUGGAGCCCUACAAUCCCGCCUUCUAGCCUUCCGUCAACAUCACGGCAAUCACAGCGGCGUUGCCCUCUCGGAGACCCUCAUCAACGUCGUCGACCGGUACCGGAUUCGGGAUCAGAUCGGGGCGGCGGUCUCCGAUAACGCUACAACUAACGACAGCUGUCUCCGGGCCUUCUACCGGAACCUUGACCCGGAGAUGACGGAGACGGACGUGAAGGCCCGGCGUAUGCGGUGCUACGGCCACAUCCUCAAUCUUGCGGCCCGGGCAUUCCUCUUCGGCGCCGACAAGGGGACUCCUGAGGCCGAGUCGGAUUGCUACCAGUUGACGGACCGGCAUGAGGAGGAUCUCGAGCUUUGGCGGAAGAUCGGCCCCGUCGGCCGGCUCCGUAAUAUCGUUAAGUUCAUCCGGUCAUCGCCGCAACGCCACGAACGGUACCGGAAGGCUUCGGCGGACAUCGACGGUGACUCCGAGGACUUCCGGAUAUUUUCGGAGUCACGCCGGGAGGCCCUUCUCAUCCUGAACAACGAGGCUCGAUGGAACAGUACGUAUCUCAUGAUUCAGAGAGCCAUAGAGAAGAAGAUGGAGAUCCAGAGCUUCAUACUGUCGAGCAAAGACGAUGCGGACGUCAAACAACACAUCCCAGAAGCAGACCUUCUCUCCCCAGACGACUGGAAGGUACUGGCCGAGAUAGGUAUGAUUUUGGAGCCCUUCUACCGUCAGACGAAGAGACGUGAGGGAUGGGGUGUCGGCGACGGUCAUGGUCGACUUUGGGAGGUCACGAUGGGUACAGAAUAUCUUCUUUCUCAUCUGCUGAACUGGAAGACGUAUUACAAAGCCACGAUCUCUCCAUUCGCCAACGACGAUCUCGAGGAUCACUCGCAGCAGUCACGGUCACGUUCGGGCCGGGGUCGUCGCCGCCAAUUUCGCAUACAAGCCCUCCCUACCCACGUUCAUGAAGACUGGGCAUCGCCAGCCUCGCGAUUAGCCUCGCGAUUCGAUUCGCUCGACGAGAGAUGGCAGGUCUUCCUCCGCAGCAGCAUUGAACAGACUUGGCAGAAGUUGUGGGAGUACUAUGAUGGCCUCACAGACUACUUCAACAAGUGGUAUCGCAAAGAACAGCUGGAGGAUACGCCGGCCGGGCCGGAAGCGAUGCCGGCACGGCAUCCCGUUGAUCCCGGGGCUCGGAGCGAUGAUGACGUUCACUUCCGGCAAUGGGUUAACAGCCGGCGCCGCCGAACGCCGCCCCGGAUCGAUGAGCUUGAUGUCUUCCUCCGGAGGCCCCCGGAGGCCGUCAACGACCCCGUUAUGUGGUGGCUACGGCAGUCGGAGACGUUCCCGGCGCUCUACCGGCUUGCCGUCGACGUCUUCGCCGUGCCGGCGAUGUCUGCCGACUGCGAGAGGGCUUUUAGCUGGGCCAAGUUAACCCUCACUUCGCAGAGGCUCGCGAUGAGCCCCAGUACUAUAGAGAGUCUCCAACUGGCGAAGAACUGGCUGAAGAGGGGGGUUGUACUGCCCAGCAAUAACUUUGGGUUAUUAGGAUCAUCGUGA